CUUUAUCUUUUAUUCGACUGAAUGAAUGAUUUGAGUGUUUACACUCAGCAGUUGUGCGUGCGCAAUCUCCCCAAAAAUUAUGACUGUCAAUAUCAUGGGGUGUUGUACUCGUACAGUGUUAUUCACUAGUUUUCGUGGAUUUUCACCUGCAACAACAACAAAUACAAUAAUCGACGGUUCGUGCAUUUUUAUUUUAUCUUUCUACUUACAAUUGCAAUCGAGCCGGAAGCGCGCUGCUGGUGAGGAAGAAGGCCGAGACCGAGAGGAAAGGGAGGAACUGUUAAGGGCCUACGACACUGAUUCCAGCAGUAGCAACGAUAUGGAUCCGGUAGCGAAAAAGUUUAAGGCUGACGGUCUCGAAGACACGGACGAUGUUAGAAACGACGAGGAGGAGCCAUACCAUGAAGAAAUGCUUGUACAAGAACUCAAGGGGCUAUUCAUCGAGAAACGCAAAUUGUGUGCCCAAGAAGAGGAUUUAGACCAAGAAAUGGAAAAAAAAUUCAAAGAAAUGGAAAAAAAAAUCAAAGAGAUGGAAAAACAGCACCAGGCUGCACGCGAUGAUCUUAAAAGAAAGAAAGACGACAUCGAUAACCAAAUCGCGAUGAAACGUUCGCGAAUGAAGCCACGCAAGUCACAACCGGAUACGACUAGUGGAGCAAGUUCAUCGUCGUCUGAAGAUGCCAGAGAUGAUUUAGCCGGUGACCAACAGGAUCAAGAUGAAACGGCCACGGCAUCGAAAAAUUAAAAUUUGAUUGUUUAUAUUUAAAGCUCACUAGCCUUAGGUUUCAAUUGAUUUCAUCAUUUUUUUCUCGUUAUAUUUUGCUUUUUGUGAGUUUGUUGAUGUGUUGAUGUGUGUAAUGGGAAAUUUAAGUAAAAAUGAGCUUUGUAGUUAUUAAUAUUAAAAUAAAAAAGGAACGACACCUUCUGUGGA